CCUUUCUCCCCCGCUGCAGCUCUAGCAGGAGGCGGCGCGGACACGCGUGGAUGUGGUCUCCGGCCCCCGAGCCACCCGGCCCCGAGAUCUAAUAGUACAAUGUCAACUGGAAGGGUACGAACAAAAAAAAAGGCAUGUUCUUCAGACCAGUCUCCAGACAACCUUCCUCUGAGGAGUUCUGGAAGACAGGUGAAGAAGAAAGCGGCUGAAGCAGCAGAUGAUGAUGAUGAAGCGUCAGAGAAGAAAUAUAGAAAGUGUGAAAAAGCUGGAUGCACUGCAACGUGUCCCGUUUGCUUUGCCAGUGCAGCUGAAAGAUGUGCUAAAAAUGGGUAUACGUCUAGAUGGUAUCAUCUUUCCUGUGGGGAACACUUCUGCAAUGAAUGUUUUGACCACUAUUACCGAAGCCAUAAAGAUGGUUAUGAGAAAUACACUGCCUGGAAAAGGAUUUGGACAAGUAAUGGUAAAAGUGAGCCCAGUCCAAAAGCCUUCAUGGCUGAUCAACAGCUUCCUUACUGGGUGCAGUGCACAAAACCAGACUGUGGUAAAUGGCGUCAGUUGACAAAGGAAAUCCAGCUGACACCACAAAUAGCAAAAACCUACAGAUGUGGUAUGAAACUGAACAAUUCCACCAAGACUGAGGGCUCAGACCAGUGUUCCAUGCCUGAGGACUUGAGAGUGGCUGAAGUUUCAGACCAUUGGUGGUACUCCAUGCUCAUACUCCCUCCUUUGCUGAAAGACAGUGUGGCAGCUCCCUUUCUAGCUGCAUAUUAUCCAGACUGCGUGGGCAUGAGUCCAUCCUGUACCAGCACUAAUCGGUUACCUGGUGAAUCCAACCUUGUGAAGUUAGAGCACUUAAAGAGCGUGCCUAAUUUGACUGUUGCAGGCAUGAACAAGUAUUUCCAGCCUUUUUACCAGCCCAACGAAUGUGGGAAAGCACUUUGUGUGAGGCCAGAUGUCAUGGAACUGGAUGAGCUUUAUGAGUUCCCAGAAUAUUCACGAGACCCUACCAUGUAUUUGGCUUUGAGAAACCUGAUUUUGGCUCUGUGGUACACAAACUGCAAGGAGGCCCUUACCCCUCAAAAAUGCAUCCAUCAUAUCAUUGUUCGGGGGCUUGUGCGUAUUCGUUGUGUACAGGAAAUGGAGAGGAUACUUUAUUUUAUGACAAGGAAAGGGCUAAUUAAUACAGGGAUUUUAUCAGUCAGUCCUGACCAGUAUCUUCUUCCUAAAGAAUACCACAAUAAAUCUGUCAUUAUUGUUGGGGCUGGUGCGGCAGGAUUAGCAGCAGCCCGACAACUGCACAACUUUGGAAUUAAGGUCAUUGUCUUAGAAGCUAAAGACAGAACUGGUGGCCGAGUGUGGGACGAUAAGACAUUCCAAGGAGUCACUGUUGGAAGAGGUGCACAAAUCGUCAAUGGAUGUGUCAACAACCCAAUGGCACUAAUGUGUGAGCAACUUGGCAUUAAAAUGCACAAACUAGGGGAGAAAUGUGACUUGAUCCAGGAAGGUGGAAGGAUAACAGAUCCCACUAUUGAUAAACGUAUGGACUUUCAUUUCAAUGCCAUCCUAGAUGUCGUCUCUGAGUGGAGAAAAGAUAAAACCCAACAUCAAGAUGUUCCUCUUGGUGAAAAAAUACAAGAGAUCUAUAAAGCCUUUAUUCAGGAGUCUGGUAUCCAGUUCAGUGAGCUGGAAGAAAAAGUACUACAGUUCCAUCUCAGUAAUUUGGAGUAUGCCUGUGGCAGCAAUCUCUCUCAGGUAUCUGCACGCUCAUGGGACCACAAUGAAUUUUUUGCCCAGUUUGCUGGAGAUCACACUCUACUAACUGUGGGAUAUUCUACUGUGAUUGAUAAAUUGGCAGAAGGGCUGGACAUCCGGCUGAAUUUCCCAGUACAGAGUAUUGACUAUUCUGGUGAGGAAGUACAGGUCACUACUGCAGAUGGAACAGUGUGGACAACACAAAAGGUGUUAGUGACUGUACCACUGGCCCUUCUUCAGAAAAAUGCCAUUCAGUUUAAUCCUCCACUGUCAGAAAAAAAGAUUAAAGCCAUUAAUAGUUUGGGAGCAGGAGUCAUUGAGAAGAUUGCCUUGCAGUUUCCUUAUAGAUUUUGGGACAGUAAAAUUCAAGGAGCUGAUUUUUUUGGUCAUGUUCCACCCAAUUCCAGCCAGCGUGGGCUCUUCAGUGUUUUCUAUGACAUGGAUCCAGAGGGCAAACAAAGCAUUUUAAUGUCAGUGGUCACUGGAGAUGCUGUGACAACCAUUAAGAAUUUAGAUGACAAACAAGUACUGCAACAGUGUAUGACUGUACUUCGAGAGCUGUUCAAGGAGCAGGAGGUUCCUGACCCAGUGAAGUUUUUUGUUACUCGAUGGAGCAAAGACCCUUGGCUCCAGAUGGCCUAUAGUUUUGUAAAAACUGGUGGCAGCGGUGAAGCUUAUGACAUUAUAGCUGAAGACAUACAAGGAAAAAUAUUUUUUGCUGGUGAGGCCACAAAUAGGCACUUUCCUCAGACCGUUACAGGAGCUUACUUGAGUGGGGUUCGAGAAGCAAGCAAAAUAGCAGCAUUUUAAGUACUGAUAUUUUGUGUUUAUAGAUAUAUUUUUAAUUGUUUUCUGUGGGUAAAACUAUCUUCAAGUUUCCUAUUUGCUGCCUUUUUCCUAAGUGGUACUUAAAUGGUAUAUGGUACCUGAAGAUAAAAUCUUCAUCUUCCUUUUCCUCUUUCUCCCCCACCCCCCUUUUAAGCCCCAAUGAUACAUAUCAUUGGGUUUGGGUUUUUUUCCAGCUAAGGUAUUGCUAGCAAGAGUGACAUUGGAAUCCCUGGCCACAGCUUAACUAACAGAACUUUUGUUGAGAGUCCUCUGCUGUAUGGCUCAAGUCAUGCUAUUGUAAGCCUUCAUUUCAGAAGGUGAGAUUAAAACAAGAGUAAGUUAACAUGCAGCAUUAAAAAUGCUGACAGUUAGUAAUGAUGAUGGGAAUUUUCCACUAACUGUGCUUCUCAGGUUGAUUAUACUCAUAGGAGUUCAAACUUGCUCCCAAAAGCCGGAAUAGCCUAGACAAAUUCUAGAAUUAUUGUAGGAAGGAACUCAACUAUCAUUCUUUCCACUUGCAACCAAUAACCUUUUCUAUAAUAUUUUUCAUAUUCUUAGCCUCCACUAAGUGGGCUUUGGAAUAUCAGGUUUGUUCCUUUAAAUCAGAUGGCUGGAACAGUUUACAGUGCAAUCAUAGAAAGGUUAUUGCAGCUAAUAAAAACUUGAAAAAUUAACUUUUACAUUACUUUAAAAAAAUUUGAAAUGUUCUCUCUGCUACUUAUUCAGAGAAAUUCUUAUUAUAAUAAUAGGCUAAGUUUAGAUUUGCUUAGUGCUUCUGAUCAUGUAGAAACAGGACAGCUUAAAAAAAACCCCACAACUAUAUUUCUAUUAUUAUUUUGAAAAGAAACUUCCAAAUUCAUUUGGGCUGAGUAGAGGAACUAUCUACUGACAUAAGUGUACAGUGGGGGGUGAAGGACUGUAAGUUCCUAAAGGCUCAUUCAGCUUUUCUAUUUAAAAAAUGAGUGAAGAUGAAUGAGAAAAAAUAUUAACACUUUUAUGAAGGGCUGAAACAAGGUGGCUUGCACUUUGACUUGCAGGUUUUUCUUUUAUUAUUGAAGUAUUAUUAAAAACAACUUGAGGGAGUAAUUCACUAAGGGCUAAGCAUCUAUCUAUCUAAUAGCUUUACCAUGGGACAGGGAAGAAAAUAAAAUAUUUUUCAGUAGAAAUAAGACAGACACAACCAGGAUAUCUGUUGUAAUACUGUUCCACUAAAAUGGUAUUAAUGAAAAAAAUUAAAACCAACUUUUAGAUCGCUUCCUCCACACCUUCCCUAUAACUCUACUGCAUAGACCUCAUGAUUUCUGGAAGGAAACUAAGCACUUAUUCUUUUCCCCCCUCAUUCUCAUGCAUAGGCGCUUUUAUUUUUUUAACCUCUUCAGUUAAGAAUGACACAGCAAACUUUGAGUUAUUGUGCUUAUUUCCAUAAAGCUGUAUCCUUGGAAAAAAAUGACAAGCAACCUUAAGAAAAAUCCUACUGAAUAAAUGCAAUUCUUUUUAAAUACCUAGUAUUUUGGUUUUAGAGUAGCUAUGAUAUUGUUAAAUACCUUUAUUUAAUCUCUAAUUUACAAGGUGAAGAUGUUUAUAUAACUAGA